AGAAGAGCUCGGCGCCGGACCCAGGGCACUGACGGCAUGCAGCCAUCCCGACAGCCGCAUGGACACCGUGUUACCGUGACAGCCGCCGGGACUCGUCGUAAAAAGCAGCUUCUUUCCACCGGGGACUUCACCGUUUCAUCCAGCAGUGUGCUCCGUCCCGGACGAUGUCUUCCAGCCGCGCCCUGACCGUCAGCUGCUCACCGCUGCUUUAGCCGUUAGCUCGUCCUCCCGCCGUGUUGUUGUUGUUAGCGUCCGCUAGCCGGACUCUUUUUUUUUUAUAAUUAUUUUUCUUUACUAGCACACAAGCUAGCAACUGAUGUCUUUCUGCGGCUGUGAGCACCACCACCGCCACGACAACGGGCUCCCUUCGCACCCGGCCGUCUGAUGGAAGGACGAGGGGAACGAUGCUGAGAAUCCUCCAGAUCCUCCUGACAGGGGCUCUGUGGGAUGGAGUCGCUGCUUCAGGGGCGGUCAGACUAGUAGAUGGGGACAACAAGUGCUCGGGCAGAGUCGAGGUUCUCCGCCACGACCAGUGGGGGACUGUGUGCGACCAUGCAUGGGACCUCCGGGAGGCCGACGUGGUGUGCCUGGAGCUGGGUUGCGGUUUAGCUGAAUCUGCCCUUCAUGGGGCAGCGUUUGGUGCAGGCACUGGGGAGAUCUGGCUGCGUCACGUCCAGUGCUCCGGACACGAGUCCAGUUUGACACGAUGCGCCGUCGUCCUCCACGGUAACUCGUACUGCACCCACGAGGACGACGCAGGCGUGAAAUGCUCAGGUACCCUUUUAACACCCACCCUCACCCUGCUGUCACCUCACACUGUGUUCUCUCCCGGGGAGGCUGUUCGCUUCAGCUGCAGCGCUCUGCUCGGUCACCACCUCAGCGACUUCCACCUGUACAAGCACGGGGUGUCCACGCCGCUGGUCACGCAGCGAGCCGACCAGACUCAGACCAGAGUGGAGCUCACGCUGUCCGACAUAGAGACUUUCCACCAGGGCAGCUAUAGUUGUCGGUACAGGAUCAAGGGUGGCUUUCCAUCUCAGCUGCUCAGCUCUCCGCCCAGCAACUCCAUCAACAUCACUGUGGUUGAACUCUUAACCCCCCAACACUGGUACAACACGUCCACUGAGGCCCCGGCUGGUUCCGUCAUCAAAGGCCACAGUUUUAACAUCACCUGCUCCACCCCCCAGCAGUACCCCGGAGGCUCAUUCCAGCUCCGUCUGAUCCGCUCCAACGGCACGGUGCGCCAGUCUCUGCCCGCCCUGACGCCGUCCGUCACCUUCACCUUCCCCAGCGCCCAGAGCUCCAACGAGGGCUACUAUUACUGCCUGUACCGGGUCCAGCUGGGCGGACGCACCUUCGUCUCCAGAGAAAGCCAACCCCUGCCUAUAGCCAUCAGAGACCCAGAUCCAGUCCUUAGUCCGAUGGUGAUCAGCUGGCUUGUGUCUGGCCUGACAUUUGUUGUAGCUGUCAUCAUUAUAAUCGUCGUGGCCAAGGUGCUGUGUAACAAGGAGAAGAAGCCCUCUGAACUGGAGCGAGAGACCAGAACCUGUGUGGACAACACGUAUGUCGCCUUAUCGAUUAACAAGCUAUGAUGGGGGAUGCAGGCAACAGAUACAUAAAGGUGUUGCAGCAGAAUCACAAGUGCGUGGACAGUCGGAGGGUUCACUGUGAGCCCUACAUGGAUCCAGACGGCAGGAGAACCAAGCGGUUUGGUUGGUCAUCCACCGCACCGCUGGAAACGGCUGGAACCAGUUCUGUUCGGUCUGGACGAGUCGACACACCAGACUAAAGACUGCAUUGCAAUAUUCUUUCAUACCAAACUUCAGGCUAGUGUUACUGCUGGAUAUCGUCGGCUAACUAGCCCCGUGUUAAGGUGAGAUGUACAGCCACAGCCUGACAGACAGGAGAAGCUGUCGGUAGUUCAGUCAGCAAUGGUUCAAGCCAGACCUCACGUUCGCUCAGACCUGGCUACUGCCGUGACCACCGAGUGGGAAAAACUGCUACUAACAGCUACAAUGGGGAAACUGUGACAUGGGUUCCUCAGGUCUCUGUGUCAGUUUAGUAACAUUGUUUUGUUUUCAUUAACAAGCAACACUAAUAACAAGCUCCACUAGCUAAUUAUAUACUCGCCCACAGAUCAAUGAUCCUUAAAGGAUCAGAGGACAUUUUUGUAUUUCAAGUCUAACACUGCUAUGCAUCGUACUUCAUUAACAGUAUGUACAUUAAUGCACUAAAGUGUGUAAGUAGAAGCUGUAGUUGAUUAAAAUGCUGCUUUUGUUGGA